GUCUGGCGGAGACACCGAGAACGACCUCGGAAGGAGACGCAUCGCCUGAGAGGAUGUCUGUUUGUCCGGAGCUUGGUUUCAACGUGGACCAUGGGUAUCUGGAGGGUCUGGUACGAGGACUGAAGUCAGGGAUCCUGACCCGUUUCGAUUAUCAUAACCUGACACAAUGUGACACUCUGGAGGACAUGAAGCUCCAUCUGCAGAGCACUGACUACGGCAGGCUGUGGUCAUCCUGCGGCGACCACCUGACCGUGUCCCUCAUGGACCAGAAACUGAAGGAGAACCUACUGGUAGAGUUCCGCAGCCUACGUUCCCACUCUGUUCCACCACUGUCCAUCUUCCUAGAUUACAUCACGUAUAGCUACAUGAUUGACAAUGUGGUGCUCUUGAUUACUGGUGUCCUGAGGAAGAAAGACAUAUCUGAGCUGUUGCCACGGUGUCACCCGUUGGGAGUGUUUGACCAGAUGGCAGCGGUUGGCAUCGCCCGUACCCCCUCUGAGCUCUACUGCACCAUCCUGGUUGACACUCCUCUGGGUCCUUUCUUCCAGGAUGCUGUGUCUGAGUCCAACCUGGAUGAGAUGGGGGCAGAGAUCCUCAGGAACAAACUCUACAAAGCAUAUAUAGAGUCCUUUCACUCAUUUUGCAGUAAGCUUGGCGGAGCAACAGAGGAUAUUAUGUGUCCUAUCCUGGAGUUUGAGGCUGACUGUCGAGCCUUCAUCAUCACAGUCAACUCGUUUGGGACGGAGCUGAGUGGGGGGGAGAGAAGCGCCCUCUACCCGUCCUGUGGGACACUGCACCCAGAGGGCCUCCGGAUGCUGUCAAGGGCAGAGGACUACGAACAAGUUAAGGCUGUGGCGGACUACUACCAUGAGUAUAAGCUCAUCUUCGAUGAUGCAGAAGCAGAGUCUGAAGCCAAGACCCUGGAGGACAGAUUCUUUGAGCGUGAAGCUGAACAUGCUGGCCUUCCUGCAGCAGUUCCACCUGGGCGUAUUCUACUCCUACGUCCGGCUGAAGGAGCAGGAGGUUCGCAACGUCCUCUGGAUCGCAGAGUGUGUCACGCAGAGGCACAAGUCCAAGAUCGACAACUACAUACCGAUCUUUUAGAGGCAACAUGCUUUACCGAUCUUUUAGAGGCGACAUGCUUUACCGAUCUUUUAGAGGCAACAUGCUUUAACUAUCUUUUAGAGGCAACAUGCUUUACAUAUCUUUUAGAGGCAACAUGCUUUACCUAUUUUUUAGAGGCAACAUGCUUUACCUAUCUUUUAGAGGCAACAUGCUUUACCUAUCUUUUAGAGGCAACAUGCUUUACCGAUCUUUUAGAGGCAACAUGCUUUACCUAUCUUUUAGAGGCAACAUGCUUUACAUAUCUUUUAGAGGCAACAUGCAUUACCUGUCUUUUAGAGGCAACAUGCUUUACAUAUCUUUUAGAGGCAACAUGCUUUACAUAUCUUUUAGAGGCAACAUGCUUUCAGUGUUUGAGAAGAACGCCAGCGGUAGCUUCAAAUAAGUACAGGUUUUUAUUUCAAUGGUCUGGUCAUUGAUGGACAUAAUACAUUCAUUGUAAGAUAUG